GCGGGGCGCGCGGGCCAAGCGGGACGGCGGACCGCCGCCCCCGGGGCCCGGGCCGACCGAGGAGGGGGCGCGCGAGCCCGGCUGGUGCAAGACCCCGAGCGGCCACAUCAAGAGACCGAUGAACGCGUUCAUGGUGUGGUCGCAGCACGAGCGGCGGAAGAUCAUGGACCAGUGGCCCGACAUGCACAACGCCGAGAUCUCCAAGCGCCUGGGCCGCCGUUGGCAGCUGCUACAGGACUCGGAGAAGAUCCCGUUCGUGCGGGAGGCGGAGCGGCUGCGCCUCAAGCACAUGGCGGACUACCCGGACUACAAGUACCGGCCUCGCAAGAAGAGCAAGGGGGCACCCGCCAAGGCGCGGCCCCGCCCCCCCGGAGGCGGCGGUGGCGGCGGUAGCCGGCUCAAGACCGGGCCGCAGCUGCUGGGCCGCGGGAGCCGCCGAGCGCCGGGAGGGCCUCUGGGGGGCGGCACGGCGGCGCCCGAGGAUGACGAGGACGACGACGACGAGGAGCUGCUGGAGGUGCGGCUGGUGGAGACCCCCGGACGCGAGCUGUGGAGGAUGGUCCCGGCGGGACGCGCGGCUCGGGGACCCGCAGAGCGCGCUCAGGGGCCGUCGGGUGAGGGGGCGGCUGCCACAGCUGCCUCCCCGACCCUGUCGGAGGACGAGGAACCGGAGGAAGAGGAGGAGGAGGCGGCCCCGGCUGAGGAGGGCGAAGAGGAGACGGGGGCGUCCGGGGAGGAGCCGCUGGGCUUUUUGUCCAGGAUGCCUCCAGGCCCCGCCGGCCUGGACUGCAGUGCCCUGGACCGCGACCCGGACGUGCUGCCCCCUUCGGGCACAUCACACUUCGAGUUUCCGGACUACUGCACCCCCGAGGUGACCGAGAUGAUCGCAGGGGACUGGCGCCCGUCUAGUAUCGCCGACCUGGUUUUCACCUACUGAGCCCACCGUCAGCGGGGCGCGCACGCCCCCAAACCAGCUGUUUACAUACAGGAAUCAGGUAUUGGGGCCCCUCGGAGGCCGAGGCUGGCACCCCAUCUCCCGCGCAGCCUCCCCCCUCCUGGUCGUGCCCAUCCCCCUUCAGAUCCAGACAUACCCCCUUCCUCCGCCGACACACCCCAAGGCAGCCCAACCCCCACCCUUCCCCUGCCAUCCAAGCCCCUCCCAUGCAGUCCCAUCCCGGGUAGCCACCAGCAGCCAACCCCCCUCUGUACACCUCCCGUCUCUCUUACAUACCUGCACCCCUCCCCCACUUUGCACACGCCCCUCCUCGUGGCCGGACGACACGCCCCCUCGCUUGAGACUCCCUCCUCCCUGGCCCCGCCUGCUCUGGUGGCUAGGGGGGCGCAGCGGGCUAGCGGCCAGGGCGCGCUCCUCCCCGGCCCUUCCCUUCGUGGGGGGAGGGGCAUGCUUCUCCCCCACCCCCCUGGAGCUCGAGGCCCCACCCCUCAGCUCGAACUAUCCCCCUUCUUGCGCAUGCUUGAUGCUGCUUGGAGGGGGUUGGUCCCAGUCGAGCUGCACGCCUCUCUUGCCAGCUCCGAAAAAGGAGGGGCCGACUAUAGAGUGAUCCUAAGAAAUCCUUUGAUCCCGGAGCCCGUGGCUUCCUCUCGACCCAGUGGGGCGUCACUGCCUUAAUGGGAGGAGCACUCGGAAGGGAGAGUUAGAAACUAACCAGACCUAAAAGGUUGGUUCGAGCUUGAAACUCUCCAAGUGGCACAACCCCUUUUCUCUGAUGGGGUCCCCAAGCCCACCACCACCUCGACCGCGCGACUGCCUUCAGAGUCCAUUUUGGUUCCCCGAAACUUCCUUUCCCCGAGUGGGAAUGUGGAGUUGGAUCCUUGUCAGUAAAUCCACCCAACCCAGAUGGGGCUGUCCAAGAGAACUCAGAACCAAGACAAGUCUGGGGACAGGGUCCCUGCCGCUCCAUCCUCCUCCUCGGGAAGCGCCCUAUCAGCUCAGGGCAUCCUCUCAGCCUGGGUUCCUCCCUAAGCCCACCGCCCCUUCCCGUCCAGAUCCAGUCGCAGCCGGAGCUGCAGUAUUAAGUGGGAGAAACUGAGGAACGUUGGUGCUAGGGUUUAGGUCUGAGGCAAGAUAGUAGAUGGGGUGGCAGGAAAGAGUCCCACGUCUGAACAGUGGCUUGGAAGAGACUGAGGGAGUGGAGCGAAGCUAGGCGGUUUGCGCCUCAGUCUUCCCUUGUGAGAACUCGGGAUAGUGUUACUGUAGAGAGGAGGAAGUUGUGCCCAGACCAGGUUGCCCUCCAGAGCCCUGCCCCGGUGCCAUGUCUCCAUCACUGGUCCUCCCACUCCAGCCUCGCCCCUCCGGCCUCCCCAUCCCCCUCUGCCCUCACUACCUGUAUCUCACCGGCGUGUGUUGUACCCUCUGGGUGUCUUCACACACACUCAUUCACACACACACAAAUCUCAGGAACAAACGGUCCCAGAGUCCUCCGUGACCCUUGCCCAGGGUCUCUGCAGGUCUCUGCCCCACGCGUUCCCUUCGCUGACAAAGCCACCAGCUGCCUCCUUUAAGCUUGGUGCUCCGGCUCUGGGCCUUUCUUGCGCUUUUUCUCUCUUCUGUUUUCUUUUCCUUUUCCUUGGUUUUUUGUUUUUGUUUGUUUUGUUUUGGUUUUUUGUUUUUGUUUUUUAAGAAAACGAUAACAAAAAGACAAUGAAAAAAAAACGGAAAACGUCAUGUGAGUGAAGAGAUGUCACUGUCUGUGGUCUUGGAGAACUAGUCUCGUAGCUGAGAGGAGGGGGUCCCUCCCUCCGUCUGGGGCGCUGGCACCCACAGCAGGACUUCGCCAGUCUGAUGCCAGGACUGAAUAAAGUGUAUUUGCCCCGAC